AUGACACGCUUGUAUCGUAUUUGCGAAUGUGCUGUUGAGAAAGCAGCAGUGCGUCUGCUACAAGACGCGGCAGCGCUGCUGGUGUACCAGGAGGUCUUUAAAGGCGCUGCUGCCGUUUCUCUCUUUCUACACUUAUCCUCUCCACCCCCCUCCACCCCUCUCCACCCCCCUCAGCGUGGAGAAAGCAGCAGCGCGGCUACUGAGAGACGCAGCCGCACUGCUGGUGUACCAGGAGGUCUUCAAAGGCGCGGCUCCUCCCCCACUUCGCUUCUCCUCCCCCCCACCCUUUCCCGUCCACCCAGUGUCGAGAAAGCAGCAGCGCGGCUACUGAGGGAUGCAGCAGCACUGCUGGUAUACCAGGAGGUCUUAAAAGGCGCUGCUGCCCUUUCUCUCUUCCCACUCUUAUCCGCUCCACCCCCCUCCACCCCCAUCAGUGUCGAGAAAGCAGCAGCGCGGCUACUGAGGGAUGCAGCCGCACUGCUGGUGUACCAGGAGGUCUUUAAAGGCGCGGCUCCUCAGGCGUUCCUGAGGCUGCUGCUGCAGCUGCGCCGCUCUGAUGGUGGGUGGGGAGAAGGGGAAGGGAGUGCAGGGAGUGGGGGAAGAGGAGGGUUUCUAGGGGUGGUGGGGUUGCGGGGGCCUGUUGCUAUAAGCGCUGCUCCUCAGGCGUUCCUGAGGCCUUUGCAGCAGCUGCGUUGUGGCGGGGGUGGUGGGGUGCAAUACCCUUUGCAAGUGCUGGAGAGCAAUGGGCAGUUUUAUCGACUCAUGGCCUUGGGGGGAGAGCUGUGCCUUGCUUUAAAUUCGAAACCGGCCUUCGUAGCGUUUGAGUCGACUCAAAAGUUUUAUCGUCUCAUGGCCUUGGGGAGAGCUGUGCCUUCCCUUUUUCCUCCGCGUCCCUUUCCGCUCCCCCAUGUCUCCCUUCCCCCCCCUUUCCCCCCCUUCCCCCCUUCCCCCCCCUUUCCCCCCCUUCCCCCCCCUUCUCCCCCCCUUCCCCCUCUUCCCCCCUUUUCCCCCCCUCACAAGCAGACCCUCUGCGGCAAGUUGCGGGCGGCAGCAGCUGUGGACCUGAGCUCGCUGCAGCGGCUGUGCGUCAACGAAACAACUCUUGCUUCCUGGGUGGCGGACAUUGUACCGGACAUGCCGGCCGAGUGGCGUGAGGCUGCUGCCGGCGCUGCGAAUGGGGUGGCUAAGGGGAGCCGGGACAGGAACGGAGCUGGCGAGGCCAGGGUGAUGGGCUUUGACCUGACUGCAGCAAGCAAGGAGGCAUUGACCCCUGCUGCCCCUGCUGCGUCCGCUGCAUCCUCCUCUUCCUCCAGUGAAGACCUCUUACCGCCGCGCAUCAGCGGCAUGUGGGACUGGGCGGAUGCCCUGCCGCUCAUCCACGCCUUCCAUGCUGCCAACGGCUAUGGGGAGGCAGCGGUCAGCUCAGUGCUGGAGUGGAAGGGAGGUCGCUUCGUGGCAGCAGCACCGGACCUAGUCACCCCACCGCCCUCACCGCUCUUCUCUAUCUACAACCACCACCGAGAGGCUCUGAGAGGAUUGGUGCACACACACGUGGACAGCCGACCCUCCCCCCAUGUGCUGCUGCACGGGCCACCUGGCACGGGCAAGUCAACCCUCCUGCGCUCCGUCCUCCUCCCCAUGGCCCUCCCCUCCUCCGCCCUCCUCUCCAUUCCCUCCUCCGACUCUCCCUUAACGUCCCCUCUCGCGGGCGAGUCAGGGGAAGGCAGCAGCAGGGGGAGGCGGGAGCUGAGGGUGGUGCUGCUGCAGAAGGGGGAAGUGAAGGGCAUAGCGGGGGUGCUGCAGGCGGCUGCAAAGAUGCCCUCCCUGCGUUUCUGCCUCCUGAUCGACAACCUGAACUUGCGGGCAGGAGAGGAGGCGCUCAUUGCUCUGCGCCAAGUCCUCCACUCUUCCUUUCCCUUUCCCAGCAACGUACAGCUACUCGCCACCUCGCUUUCUCCAGACCUCAUUCGCCCUCCUGCUGCUCCCUCCGCUCCUCCUCCUCCUCCUGACGUCAAGCCAACUAAUGUCCCUGCUUCUGAGUCGUCAAACUUGUCAGAGCCAGGUCAAACGAGCAGCGUCAGCAGCAGCAGCACCGUUAGCAGCUAUGCAUUCUCGAAAGGCAAGGGCGAAAUCGGCAGUCACUUUGCCUUCACCUUGCACGUGGGCCGCUUGAACCCACAGCAGCUGCAGCAGUGCCUCUCUCAGCUCAUUCCCUCUGCACUGGCUCAGUCCGGCUCUGGUGCUAGCAGGUGGGGGGGGGCAGGAGAGGCAGAGGAUCUAAGUCUGAUCUCUGUGAUUCAAGCAGCACGGUACCACAUGCUAUAG